AUGAAUUCACCUUUUUCAUUGGCUAAUCUAUUAUCUCAUGAAUCUUUAAAUUUCUCCACUCAAUCGACGAUUCAACAAAAUAAUUCUACACCAAAUUUAUCAACUUCACGAAUUACUUAUAGGACUUCAUCAAUGAGCUCUCGGAUAAAAAGUUCUAUUGCCAAUAGAGUGAAUGCUAUAAACGCUAAUGUAAAGACUUUAUUAGAUCUUAUUAGGAGUCGUAAACAGAAAGCUUUAAGUCGUCAAUUUUUAAUAAAUCCGGAUCGUAAGGAGCCUGUUUUAGAUAUUCUAACAAAUACUCCUUACACAAGUAAUUCCAUUACUACAUCCCGAUAUACGUUUUAUAAUUUUCUUCCAAAACAACUUUACGCUCAAUUUUCUAAAGGUGCAAAUCUUUAUUUCUUAUUUAUGGCUGCUCUUCAGAUCGUACCAGAUUGGUCUCCUACAGGGCAAUUUACAACAAUAGUUCCUCUUAGCAUCUUCAUUUCUCUAUCUAUGGCUCGUGAGGGUUUUGAUGAUUACCGAAGACAUAAGCAAGAUUUUGCUGAAAAUAAUAAAGAGUGUGCUGUAUUUCAUAAAUGUGAUUCAGAUGGAUCAUGGAAAAAUGAAAAAUGGAAAGAUUUAAGAGUUGGUGAUUUAAUAUCAAUUAAAGCUCAAGAAUGGGUUCCCGCAGAUGUGUUAUUACUUUCUUCCAAAGGUGAAAAUGGCGUGUGUUAUGUCGAAACCGCUGCUUUGGAUGGCGAGACUAAUUUAAAACAACGUAAAGCUUUAGAAGAAACAAAUUCUUUAUUGAAUUCACCUGAGUCUCUAUCAGAAUUCAGAGGAAAGUUACACGCUGAAGGUCCUGAUGAUGAUUUAUAUAACUUUAAUGGUUGCCUGAAAUUCAAUGACAAAACUUUACCGUUGACCAAUAAUCAAAUUUUAUUAAGAGGUACUAUACUGCGUAACACUCCAGAGGUCUAUGGAUUAGUGAUCUUUACUGGUGAAGAAACAAAACUUCGUAUGAAUGCUUCCAAAAAUAUACGAACAAAAGCUCCUAAUAUACAAAAAAUAAUGAAUCGUGUCAUUAUUAUCAUUUUCGGCUUUGUUCUCUUAUUGACUGCCGUAUGCACUUUCAUGUUUUCUUAUUGGUCAAAUAAUAUUAAAGAACAUGGUUGGUAUUUGAGAGGAGGAAAUAGAGAUAUGUCUUCCGUAUUUUUUUCUUUCUUGAUAAUUUUCAACACUAUGAUACCGAUAUCUUUAUAUGUAACAAUGGAAAUUAUCAAGCUUGCUCAAAUUUAUUUUAUAAAUAAUGACAUACGAAUGUAUAAUGAAGAAACUGAUACUCCAGCUGAAUCUCGAACUUCUACUAUUAAUGAAGAUUUGGGUCAAGUUAAUUAUAUAUUCUCCGAUAAGACUGGAACUUUGACUGAAAAUAUAAUGCUUUUCAGAAAAUUAAGUGUUUGUGGAUUAAAAUUUUUACAUGAUAAGGAUGGUAACAUAAUUGACGAGGACGAUUUAUUAAAGUUAUUUUCUAUGCCUUCAUCAAUUUUAAAGAAGAGACCUACUAUAACUUCAAUUUCAUCUUUAAAAAGACAUAAGCGUAGGGCUUCUUUGUGUUCUGAUGAUCAUAAUGAUAACGCUGAUGAAAUCACACCAGUAACUCGCAAAAAUUCUGUAAAUAGCAAUUUCUCCAUGAUUGCUCCGCGUCCAGCAACUCCUUCAUCAACCACAAGAUCUAAAAAAACAUUAGAAGAUAAUUCAAUUUUAAAUACAAUUGAUUUAAUGAAUUUAAUACAUUAUCUACCAAAUUCUUCUUUUGAGCAACGCGUAAAAUUUUUUUUACUUGCCAUGGCACUAUGUCAUACAUGUGUACCGGAAAUCGAUCAAGAAACUGGUGAUAUAAUUUAUCAAGCUGCCUCACCUGAUGAAUUUGCUAUAGCUAAUGCUUCUAAAGACUUGGGAUACGUCAUCACAGAUCGCUCUAUGGGAAAUAUUUCACUUAGAAUUGAUAAUAAUAUAUUUAAUAUAUCCGAUGGAAACAAUGUUUUAGAUAAAGACAAUGCUAAAAACAAUGUUUUAGAACAAACUUUUCAAAUAUUAAAUAUCUUAGAGUUUUCAAGUAAACGUAAGAGGAUGUCCGUAAUAUGUAGGCUCCCCAAUGGUAGAAUAUGUUUAUUUUGCAAGGGUGCUGAUUCUGUUAUUAUGGAACGACUUCGAGUUGCAAAUGAAAUGGAUGCGACAGGCAACAAAUAUGAAGUUGACUUAUUUGAUACUGACUUGGGGAAUAAUGGAUCAAAAUUUGUUAAUAAUACUCAUUUUAAUUUAAAAACAACGUUAAAUAGUAAUUAUCCAACAGCGAUAAAAACUGAUGAAAUUGUGGAUAGGGCUGUUGAUUUAUUUCCCAUCCUAGAUGAUAAUUUGAUAUGUCAACAAACGAUACAACAUAUUCAUGAAUUCGCAAUCGAAGGUCUUCGAACUUUAUUAUAUGCAUAUCGUUAUAUUGAUGAAGAAGAAUAUGUGUUGUGGAAUGAACAAUUUCAAGAAGCUUCAAAUUCUUUAACAAAAAAACGAGAAAAUCUUGAGGGAGUAGCAGAAUUAAUAGAACGUGAUUUGGAAAUCAUUGGUGCAACUGCUAUUGAAGAUAAAUUACAACAUGGUGUACCAGAAACGAUAGAUAAAUUACGUUUGGCUGGAAUAAAAAUUUGGAUGUUAACCGGUGAUAAACGUGAAACUGCAAUAAAUAUUGGACAUUCAUGUUCACUUAUAAAAGAUCAUUCAAUAAUAAUAAAUAUCGAUCGAAACAAUACUUCAGAUCUUAAAAUGAUCAGUAAUAUAUCAAAGGAUAAGGUAUCUCAUAUGGUAAUAGUUAUAGAUGGCGAAACAUUAUCAAUAAUCGAACAAGAUGAAGAACUUAUGGAAUGUUUUUUUGGAUUCAGGAAUCGAAUGUGA